CGAGACACACCCACUUGUUGGGGCUGGGAUGACAGCUGGCAAACGAUGAUCAAUGACUGUACGCUCAGCUGGUUUACCAAGUAACAUGAGUUGCACGUAUCGUUGAGGUGUGUACCGGCUGGUGGAUAGACGAUGAGCCAGGCUCCCCUCUCCAUGGUGUACCGUAGUGACAAACAGCUGCCAGCGCUGUUCCAUACCUUACAUGGAUUUUACCGUCUGGGGACAUUCUGUGAUGUGGUCCUUGUGACCUCUCACUGCAGAAUCCGCGUUCACAGUGUCAUAAUCGCAGCAUUCAGCCCGCUUCUGUAUCAGAUGCUCGGUGGAGAGAGUUGGUCGAUUGAGCGUCGACAGCUGGAAUUGUCACUGCCAAAUGUUGACUAUAUUUCCUUGUUGAGUCUGGUAGAAUACUGUUACACUGGGGUCAUCACAGUUGAUUCCUCCUCAGCUGACAAGAUCUUGGGAGUAGCUAUAGCUCUACAAGUGAAGGAGGUGGAGAGAUUGUGUGUCACAUUUCUUAAUGCACAGAGAAGUUUCUCAUCAGAGUUGGUAUUGGAUUCAAGGCCUCCAGGCCUAGUGGCAGCAUCUCCUGGUAGGGGAGGUAACUCAACAUUUGUGGAGAUAUCAAGUUCAGAGCGGUUCAGCCCUAACGUGUCAACAUCAGGUCAGCCAUCUUCAGAGACAGGAUCGACUGGCCACCCUGACACAGUACACUUAGAUUCUGAUGUUAUUGCGGUGAAGACAGAGACACCAGAUCAGCCCUUUGAUUAUGAUGCUCACCUGUUGCACCAGUCACGAGGACGUGUCAUAUACCUGGAGGGAUCGGAUAGUCCUGCUGCAGACAGUCACAGACCUGGAAUGUCCACAGUGUCUCAUAGCAUCAUUGACAUGUCCAAGAUGUCCCCCACCCUUCUUACCAUGCACCCUAUGUUAAUGCCAACAGCACCACCUACCCUCCAACUCAUGUCCCCAAAAGGGGAGACAACCCUAGCUCGACAAGCUUCACAAUACAGAGAGAGUAGUCGGGACGCUGCGGGUAGUGAAUCUCCAGAAAGUGAUAGUGUCAGCGUGCAAAUUCAGUCUCCAACUGGUCAAGUGGAGAACGAACAGUCACAGGAAGUAGCAAGAGAUGAUCGUAAGCUGUCAGUGACACUUACUUGCAGUGUGUGUCAUGUGCUAUUCAAUAGUACUGAAGCCCUGACUCGUCACAUGGCUAUUCACCAGAGCAGUGCCAUGUCUCCUGGUACACAGCAGGGCUCAUCAGUUCUUAACUCCCAGAUGGAGCCGGUAAAGCAACCCUCACCGAAUUUCUAUCAACGUGUCCAUCAGCCUAUAUCUGGACUGUUGUCCUCGGCAGUGGUGCAGGGUGGGGGUGGACUCUUUAAGUGUGGAACAUGUGGCAAAGGUUUUAAGGAUGCUCAGUCCUUGAAGUUUCACAGAUACAAUCAUGUCCUUCGACACUCGUGUAACAUGUGUGGGAAGCGUUUUUCAAGGAGUUGGAAUCUUCAUCGGCAUCGGAAAACACAUUUCCGAAUGCCCUCCUGGCCAAUGCGUACGGAUAUCAGGGUCAACGACAUAACUGAGUCAGCUACUGCCGAUAGUCUGAAUCAAUCUGAAGACAUGGAUCAGUCUGUAGAUUUGACAGAGGGGGAUGAUGAUGCUACGGAAAGAGAGGAGGAGGAAGAAGAGGAGGAGGAGGAGGAAGAUGAAGGAAGGGGUGACCAUGUGACAGAUCUAUUGAGUGGAGACAUGGCAUGACCAUGCGUUGCAUUUCGAUUCAGAUAAUAUUCUUACUUUAUAUAUAAAAAGUCACUAAAUUUUAUCAGGUUUUAAAUUAAGACAUUUCAUAGAUAUACAAUGUCUGUGUUUGUUGAAGAACAGUCAUAUUUGCCAUUUUUUUCUAAGUGUGUUUUUAAUGUAUGUGUAACUGUUAUAUUGAAUAUAGUUCAUAUUUUUUAAAUUUCAUUUUUCCAAUACUAAUUCCAAUACAGAAACACAGAGGUUAUAAUGAUAUACAUCUGACACAAUUCACAAGGUGUAUUUCAGUGGGAUUUAAUUUUAGUGAAAUGAUUGUUAAAUUUUAGAUUGUUAAAAUAAUAUAUUUAAAAAAAAAAUCUAACAAAUGUUAUGGCUUAUUAG